CACCAUCUUUUCUCAGUCAUAUCAGUCACUACACGCACGAGUGAGUACACGAUCGUAGCCAAACCACAUUAUCAUGGAGAACUACUGCGAAAGCAUCGACUACUAUCAGAAGCCUUCCCAUCCUCCCAACAAGCCAACGACCAUGGACGAAGACAAGGACGACAACAAUGACACGGGCAAGGGCAAGGCCGUCCUGGGCGCCGGUCCUUACCACCACCACCACCAUGCUACCGCCGCUGACCAGCAGGAACCCGAAAGCCAGGAGGAGUUCUUCAGCGACUCCGAGUCGGGCUCCGAGUCCAUCGAGAUCGCUGACCUCAAGAAGCGCAUGUGGAAGGACCAGCUGCUGCUCAUGAAGCUCGAGGGCCGCUCGGGCCGCGACCGCGAGGCCCAGCUCCCGCUCCAUCUCCAUCCCUUUGCUGACGACCACCCGGCGACGGCGUCUGCCCUGCUCCAGCAGGCCAAGGACCACCAGGAGUCGCCCGAGAGCCGGUACCGGCGCAAGGCGAUGCUCCGGGCGCAGGACGGCGUCAUCCGGCACAUGCUGAAGAUGAUGGAGGCGUGCAACGCGCGCGGGUUCGUGUAUGGCGUGGUGAACGAGUCCGGCGUGCCCGUGUCCGGCUCCUCCGACAGCCUCCGCGGCUGGUGGAAGGACGAGGUGGGGUUCGAGCGGGCGGGCCCGCUGGCGCUGUCCGUGGCCGCCGCCGCCGGCCUGGACGACCCCGGGAGCCCGAUGGCGGCGUCCUUCCUGCACGGCCUCCACGACAUCCAGGACAGCACGCUGGGGUCCCUGCUGUCGGCGCUCAUCCAGCACUGCGAGCCCCCGCAGCGGAGCUUCCCGCUGGACCGCGGCCUGGCGCCGCCGUGGUGGCCCACGGGGCGGGAGGCCUGGUGGGGCACGCAGGGCGAGGCGCAGGCGCACCAGGGCCCGCCGCCGUACCGCAAGCCCCACGACCUCAAGAAGGCCUGGAAGAUCUCGCUGCUCAGCGCCGUGAUCAAGCACCUCAGCCCGCGCUUCGACCAGAUGCGCAAGCUCGUCUGGCAGUCCAAGCGGCUGCAGCACAAGAUGAGCGCCAGGGACGCCGACACCUGGUCCAAGGUCAUCACCCAGGAGGAGGCGCUGGACCGCCACGCGCAGCGCGCGCUGCAGAUCACACCGCUCGAGGAGGAAGAGGACGACGACGGUGGCCCCGACACCGACGCCGGUGGCGAUUCUCCGAUGGCGGCAGCGCACGUCGAGAAGCGCAAGCGCAAGGUCGGCGGCCCCGGGCACACGGGCAGUAGCGGCGUCGACGUCGGCAAGGAGUUGCUGCCGCUUCCGGACAUAGAUUGCGUGCCCUACGCCGACCGCAGCUCGAUCGAGGAGCUCAUGAAGCUCUAUUACCGCUGCCUGCAGGGGACCGAUGAUGGCGAGCACGAGGCGAAAGACGCGGUGGCAGUCCGAGACGGAGGGCAGCAUAAUAGCAGUAUCGCCGUCGCUGAGACCACACAGCCUCCGCCGGUGGCGCACGAUAGCAUGCUCCAAGGUUUACAGCGCGGCGGGACCACGCUGCCCGACGGGUCGGCGGUGCACGACGAUGACAUGCUCAGCAGUCUUCUGGGAAUCGCUGAUGUCGUGGACAUGACUGACUUCCCAAACAGUCCGAUUUGGCAGUGGGGGGUUUACGACUGAUGAUUAUAGAGCGGUGACUGGUGAGUCGGUUAGCAACUACUCCAGGUAUUAGAUUCGUACAAGUCUAGCUACAGCAAGUGUUGUGCUAUGUUGAUUAUUUUAUGCCUGUUUUAAUUAUUACCUCCAACAAAUAAGUCGGAUCUGUAUAUUACCGUGCUCUCUGUAAGAAUCGACUAAAAUCACUCCACCAGAAACUUUAAAACAUUGGAACUGAAGAACC